AUGUCGUUCACCGCCGAUUUCGACCACGUUACUUGCGCUACUGUGGGGGAUUUUACUUUCGAUGGGAAAUGUGAGAUUGUCCUGGGCACCUUUGGACAACGAUUGUUGUUUUACCAAUGGACUCCUCUCGAUGACUCUGGUGAUGAUGGACCGGAAAGAAAAUUGAAGGGAAGUUACAGUCUACUAGACCAAAAAUCUCUCAUUGGACCGAUUCACUGUUUGUCGCCUCCGUUACACUUGACCGAUGAUGGCCUAGCUUCCUUGGCUGUGCUAACCAGUCGGGGUUUGCAUAUCUACCGACACAAGCUGGAUACCAUCAUGCAUCUUUUGCACGCGCGUCUUUCUUCACUCCUUGAGAGGGCUUCCAACCACACGUGA